CCCCACCACCCCUCGGCCUUUUCUCGCCGGCCGCUCCUUUUUUUCUGGCGCCAUGUCCACCCUGAAGCCGGCGCUGCCGCGUUCAGAGUCGGAGCUGGGCCGGAACCGGGAGCAGAAGGGAACAAACUCCUACUACUACGCGCACAACGAGAAAUGGGAGGUCCCCGAGCACGCAAAGGUCCGGGCGGGGCCGGGUCUCAUCACUGGCGGGGCGCCAGUGAAGCUGGGCGAGGAGUCCGGCUACCCGGCCCCAGAAGAGGGCUCGGCGGCGGCAGAGGUGGUGGCCGAGUUGCGGAAGCGGGUGGAGGAGUUGGAAGGUCAACUCAUCGCAGCGCGGAUGGGCACGAAGCCCAUCACCCAGUUCUCCUUCAGCGAUGAGGGGGCCAAGUGCAAGGUCUACGUGGAGGUGGAGAAGGAGGUCAUGGAGCGGCAGAGCAGUGAGGAGGGCUCCGUGUGCUCCAGUGAGGCGGCUGUGGUGGUCUCUUUCUCCGGCAGGAGCUGCUCCUUGCGGGUGACCUCCACGGGCCUGGACGGCUCCAUCAUGGAGCGCCGCGCCCUGACGCUGGUCGGCGAUUCCGACAUUGUGCCAGAGAAAUGCACCUACAAGGUGGACAGAGCGAAGGGGCGGAUUACCUUGAGCUUCUACAAGAAGGAUGAGAAGAAGAGGUGGCAGAGCGUGAAGCCCCAGAGAACGUGAGGGACGGGCGGAAUGCCGGAUGCCGCACGAUGCCGCACGCAGCGGGGCCGACAGCAGCC